CACAAAUUUGUAUAUAUCAAUCAGCUCACCUUCAACCCCCCAUUUCCUACUGCUUUCUACCGCCACUUUACCAAACUUCUUCAUCCCAAUCGGCGGCGUAGGUGGCGGCGAUUGGCGGAUUCGAUGAGAUGGGGAGCGAAGGAGGGAGAAUCACCGAGCGGUUUCCGCCGGUGCACGUGGCGGUGGGGAGGAAUGUGAAGGAAGGGAAAUCACUACUGGCUUGGGCGGCGAUGAGCUUUCCCGGCGCACGUGUUUGUCUCGUGCACGUUCAUCAGCCCGCGGCUUCGGCCUCUCACUCAAAUGGGGUGUUGUCGGGAAGCAAGCUGAAAAACCAGGCUAUUAAAGCAUUCGAGAGAUUGAAGAUGCAAAAACACAUGAACCAGUACAUUGUCUUCCUAUCUCAGAUGGGGAUUCAGGCUGACAAAGUUUGGGUAGAAAUGAAAAAUAUCGAGCAAGGGAUUCUCCAGCUCAUCACCACACAUGGAAUAACGAGGCUUGUAAUGGGAGCUGCUGCAGAGUCUUUCAGCCCAAAGUAUGCAGCCAUGGGAAUGCAAAAAAUUUCAAGCAAAGCUAUGGUUGUGUGCCAGCAAGCUCCAAUAUCGUGCCAUAUUUGGUUCAUUUCCAAAGGGUGCCUCGUGCAUGAAAGGCCCAUGCAUGGUGGACAUCGCUCAACUGCAACCACAACAUCGUCGCCUUCAACAAAUGGCAGUGGAACAGCUGCAAAUUGUCACUCCAAGGACAACAUGGUUACCGAUGAUGGAAAAGAUGAGCAUUGUGAACACCAAACAAUGCCAGCAGAAGAAUCGACAAGCAAGGUGAAUCAAAGUGAGUCGGCAGUGUUGCAAACUAGAGGAUUUGGUUCAUCUCCACCACCACAAGUCGAGUCUCCGGGACAUUUGGCUCGUUUUCCUAAUGAUGGAAAAGUUGAGCAUUUGGAACACCAAACAGGGUCAGCAGAAGAGUCGGCAAGCAAGGUGAAUCAGAGUGAGUCAGUUGAGCAUUUUGAACACCAAACAGAGUCAGCACAAGAAUCGGCAAGCAAGGUGAAUCGAAGUGAGUCGGAACUGUUACAAAGUAGAGGAUUUUGUUCAUCUCCACCUCCACAAGGCGAGUCUCCGGGAUGUUUGACUCGAUCGUCAUCUAGUACUUCACUGGACUCGGAAUUCCAAGCAAAAGAGAUGUCGUAUCAGAUAAAAUUGAAAGAGUCGUUAAGGCUGUGGAGAGCCGAAGAAAAUGCCUUGGAGGCUACUCAGAAGGCCGAGGCUGCAGAAAGUCGUUGGAAGGAAGAGCUUAACCGGAGAAAAGAAAUCGAGGGGCAGUUGGUUAAUCAAAAUCAUGAAAUAGAAACAAUGAAAAAUCAACAUGAUCUGGCUUUGAAAGAACUUCGUCUGAUCGAUGAGCGGAAGCCAGUUCUCGAAAGCCGGCUGAGAGAGGCUCACUGCUCGGAGCAAGAGCUGGAGGAAAAAAUCAUUCAGGCAGUGAAUCUCUUGAUAAGUUUUAAGGCGAAACGGGACGAAUUCCAGCGAGAGCGUGAUUCUGCUAUCAGGAAAAUCAACAAACACCAAGCAAUGAAUGCUGCCGCUGACCCUUUCGGAACUUUCGAAAUCCCAUUCUCCGAUAUCAUCGAGGCUACCGAAAACUUCAGCUCAUCUCAGAAAAUCGGUGGAGGAGUUUACGGUAGUGUGUUCAAGGGCACGAUUAACCAUCUCAAGGUUGCUAUAAAAAUGCUGCCGUCUUCGGGUACUCAGACCGACUGGGAGUUCAAGAAUGAGGCGGAGAUUUUGUGCAGAGUGAGGCAUCCGAAUCUUGUAACCAUCGUCGGCGUCUGUCCGGAAUCGAGAUCGCUCGUAUACGAGUACAUCGAAAAUGGCAGCCUUGAAGAUCACCUUUCGAGCACAACCAAAACCCAUUCGCUGUCGUGGCAAGCCCGGAUACGUAUAGCAGCCGAUAUCUGUUCCGCUCUCAUCUUUCUGCACGCCAACGACAGCUGCAGCGUGCACGGGAAUUUAAAGCCGUCCAACGUUCUUCUAGACGGGAACUUCGUUACCAAAGUAAGCGACUUUGGGAUCCACAAUUUGAGCUUGGUCGAGAACUACGGGACGUCGAUAUUUACCCCGGAAUCCGAUAUAUACUCUUUCGGCGUCGUACUCCUCCGCCUGCUAACCGCAAGGCCAGCUUCCACCACUGCUCGGGAUGUCCGGUGCGCCAUUAAAGGAGGAUACCUCGACACCGUGCUGGACAUGUCGGCGGGAGACUGGCCGUUCCCGCAGGCGAAACAAUUGGCUAGUUUAGCGCUGAGGUGCUGCCGGAAGGACCCGUCGCAACGACCCGAUCUUCGAUCGGAAGUCUCGACGGUGCUCGAGAGUGUGCAGGAGCUCUGCAACUCGGCGGAGCUGACCCCGACUUUGCUGCGCUCAGAUUCCCGACGUCAACGGAAAAUACCUUCGCACUUCGUCUGCCCGAUUUAUCAGGAAGUGAUGAAGGAUCCGCACAUCGCGCCGGACGGGUUUACGUAUGAAGGCGAGGCGAUAAAAGGAUGGUUCAACAGCGGACACAAAACUUCUCCGAUGACGAACUUGAAGCUGGAGAAUUGUGAUCUUCUUCCUAACUAUGCUCUCUAUUAUGCUAUUCAGGAAUGGCAACUAAAUACUACGUAAUACUACUGCAUAGUAUUAAUAAUAAUAAUAAUAAUAAUAAUAAUAAUAAUAAUAAUAA